AUGAACCAAGAUCCAAUGACGCAGGCCGUGUUUGCCAACGAGAGGAUAAGACGUAAUGUAUCGGUGGGGAAGAAGGUUGAACAGGGAAGCGAUACAACAGAUAUCGUUGAUGAGCUAGUGCAGCAAGGUCAAGCCGAAUGGGACUCACCUGCCAAGGACCGAUGUCUCAUCUACUGGCGGAAGCCGGAGGAUUGGGGAGCGCAAGUCUACAAAUGGGCUUUCGACUCUGGAUCGACGGGAUCCAUUUGUACCGUUUACGAGCUUCUGCAUGGCAAAUACACUGAGGGACAAGAAUUCCAUGGACUGAACGAGAAGACCAUGGUGAAGGCAUUGGAAGCGCUCGCAAAGUCGGGAAAGGCGCAGCUGUUUGUUGGCAGUACAGACUUGGAGAUGGGCGUGAAGUUUUCAUGA